AUGGCUGAAAUAUUAUCAGAUACCGAAAUUUCUGAAAACACAGGCCGCCCUACAAGGCCUUCAUUAACUCAGGUUAAAGCUGUAAUAGAUUUCAUGCAAAAACACCCUGUUAUGGCUCACAAAAAACUUAGGUAUGGUAUGAGUCAUGAAAAAUUUAAGAAACUUUGGAUAGAACUAUCUAACAUGGCUAAUUCUAUGAAUGGGGCAAUGAAAUCUACUAAGGGUUGGAUAAAGUUCUGGUCAGACAAAAGAAGAAGUAUAAUGCUUAAGCAAAAGCAAAUCAGUGAAGGAAAAAUUAAGGAUAAGCUUACUCCUUUGGAGCAAAAGAUUUUAAGUAUCUCUUCAAGUGACAAAUCAACUAGAAGAAAUAGGCUGAAACAAGAUCCUUCUAAUGGUGAUAAUGAUUACCUUGAUGAUCUGUUCAAUGGCAAUGACGAUGAAGUUGAUCCUACUAGGUUACAACCUACAGAUGCAGAUGAGAAACACAUGUCUGUUAUGGAAAAAAUGGCAGAAGUGAUGGAUCAGCAAGCAGUAGCCAUGACACAAAUGGCGCAGGCAACUUUAAACAAUUCUAAAGCUAUGGAAAGAAUUGCAGACGCAUCUCACAAGCAAGCUCUCGCUGUAGACAGGCUAGCUAACAUAUUUGAAACUAUAAACACUUCAGUGUACGACGUAAGAAAUGCAAUAAUGAGCAUAGACUACACCUUGAAGAGAUGUUAUUCCACCACCGCUAUGCAACAAAGACAAAAUACAAAUCUUUUCAGU